UUCUAAAAAAUUAGCCUAUUCCAUUAGUAAGAUUCCAAUUCCUCGAAAUGAAAGGAAACAAACGGGGCCUUACGGUGCCGACUUUGGAGGCCACGACGAGGGCAUGUUGACUCCUCGGUCCCACACGACAACGACAGAUGAGAUGUGCGCGAACGGGAGAAGCAAAUACGCGAAUUGAGGCGAUGACGUGCUGACCCCACCAUCUGACGCACGGGCUGACCAUUUUAACAACGUUUGAGAUUUUUUACGCCUGCCACUGUCACUCUUUAUGAUCAAAACUGAAGGUUUUUAUGUUCGAACUUAGAGUACGUCCACCAAUAUAUCACAUACCAUAUUUUCCGCAUGCAUAGUAAGAAGAAAAUCCUUAGUUUAUGAUGUCCAUGGCUGACAUAAAAAAUCAAAUUCUCGAAUCAACUCACCUAAUUAAAUCUGGUAAUCAACUUUCCUAAUCAAAUCUCUUAAUUUAUGGUUGCCGCUUGGACGGGGUUUUUAGUUGAGAGUGAAUCAACAUUUACGCUUUUUAUGGUAGUCAGCCUUAAAUUGCGCAUUAUUCCACAGUUUGGUGGACACUUUUGACAAGGAGUUGAUGAGGGGGAUUUAUGGGGAAGAGAACAAAAUCGCAAGAUUUAUCUGCCGUCAGAAAUGGGCCCAGAAGAUAUCGGCCUGGAAGGAACUAACCAUACUGGUUUUGGCGUUCGUAACCAAGUUUAUUGUCAUGUUGUGCCUUGUGGUACUGGCCCUCGGUUUGGCGCCGUUUCUGAGCCUGUUGGUGUCAUUGCUGCGUCUUGUACAACGAGAUUAUGGCGACGCCGGUGGAGACGUUGCCAACAGAAGAAAACUGAAUGCCGCACUGGACAUGUUCUACGCUCUAGCUCUGUUGCAUAGCCUAUUCGUCAUCUACUGGGUUAGACUUCGUGUGUCGUUAGACUGGGCAGUCUGGGAAGUCGCGGCUGUGACGAGCGAACAGUGUGGAGGUGAAGAAUGGAGUUCAACGCUAGUUAAUAUGUACCGUUUGGAGACAAGAAGGAAGUUUAGCAAGGACGGGGAGCUGCCCGGCAAUUGGAACUUCAUCACCUACGGCGUUCAGUUGCUCCAGUCUGCAUCUGCUGCUGGUGGGGACUAUGAUCAUGGAUGGGGAGCAAGGAUGCUGGACAAGCUGAUCUCUGGCAAGGAUAAAUCUGUAAGGAAGAAGCUGCUGUCUUCCAGGCUCUCUAUUCUGAAUCUGAUGGACAUGAUUAUCGGCCGUUGCCUCGUCGGAGAGGCGCCGGCUGGUGACAUGGAGAACAGGGAGCGCGCCGCAGCCAUUAUUGCACACCUUGCCAGUCACCUCCACCUAACAAGCUUCCCGGGUAUACUGCAGUGUAUCUGUUCCCUACUUGAAAGACACUAGCAGCUGUGUCCCAGACCCAGAGUCGCAUUCCCGUCCGUCGGGAAAUCCCAGAGUCGCAUGUCCGUCCGUUUGCUUAACUGCCAAGAAGAUAACAACUCUGACCAAAUGGAUGAAAUGGGUUCUUUUCAAUCCCAUCACUAAUCCUGGCAUCGCCAAGGCUGAUCUACUACAGCAGGAGCUGAGGAAAUAUUCUAAACCCAAGAACCGUAGCCCCUACAAAUCUAGAGGAGCCAAAGAGCUGGUUUCUCAGGGCCUCCUGAUCCUCGAGAGGCUCACACAAGACCAAAGAAACUGUACAGAGAUAAGCAAGGACCAAGGGCUGCUCUCUAAGAUCACGUCUCCGCUGACGAGCAGCAGCGCAGACCAUGGCGACUUGCUCACCAGGCUCAGCGCCGACAACACAACGACGGUUGAGAUGCUAAGCAGGUCACUCACAGUGCUGAGCAGGGUACUUACCAGCCCUGGGGACGACACGGCAAGGCUGCGCCAGAAGCUGGCGACUAACACGCAGGCCGUCAGCAACCUGCUGGGUAUCUUGGAGGGCGACAGCGGAGGUGCCCAGAAACUGCAUGGACAAGCACUGGAGAUCCUAACAGAAUUGGCACUGGAUGGCUCCUUGGAAGAAGUGGAUUUUCACAAGCUUCUCAAGGCCCUGCUACUACGUAUCUUCCUCGAGGAAGAGGCCAGCAGCAAUGUUACAGAGCAAUGGACCAACAAUAAUGCUACAUCUCAGGUAGAAAUAGAACAUGAACAAGCAGGCACAGAGACAGCUGCAACCAGACUGAGGGGAAACGCAGGUGAAGCGCUGGCCAGACUGCUUCCUGUUCACGCUGCAAGAGGUAUACUUUCCAAGCAAGAGGCUACCAGCUUGUUGAACAAGGUUCUCCAUAAAAUACUAUCUAGUAAAAUGCGAACAACGUUAGAGAUUGUCGUAGUAAACCUGCCCCAAGAAGAUGCAGACACUGGCACUGGCAGCAGUAGUGCACAACCUCCUAUGGAUGAAAAUGAAAAGCAAUCUGAAGAAAGGAAAUCUAUGGCAGCCAUGCUAUCCCUCGCCGUGGCGAUAUGCAACGAAAACAUGGUCAGUGAAGAAGGUUUUGCUUAUGCCACCCCUGGAGAUGCAGCACUGGCAAAGAAGCUCAAGGAAAUAGUAAAAGUAAACGAGCAAAGCACGGCUGAGUGUCUGAGGAUAGUGAAGCUUGUCUGCCAGCUGGUCGUAGCCAUGGUUCAAGUCGAGCCCGGCUGCAUCGCGCAUUUCAAUGGACUCGAUUUCAUGAGUUCACUGACCGAGGCGUUGGAAACCAUGUCGGAGAUUGAUGACUGCAUGCUCUUUGCUGGGAAUGAGCAUGAGGUGACCAAGCCUGCGAGGUCUCUCGCUUCUCUUGUGAAGGAAGCACAGGGACUCCUCAACACAGCACAGGGAUAAGGCUACUGGUAUGUCUGAAGAUCAAGAGGAAAUCGUUAAGUAUAUGUAUUAUUGUUAUCAAUAAUCGCCUUCUUGGCCAGCUUGUGUGACUUUUGUGUGUGUGCGCGCGCGUGCGUUUAUUAAAUUCUUGUUUCAAAACUAAGGAUUUGCAAUUCGUGUUUCAGAACUAUUGAUUUGAAAUUGAUGUUAACAACAUUAGUGGUUAUGCCACUGGCUA